CUGGUGCCCGAAGGGCUCUGACCCCAGCCCAUCCCCAGCCCACCCGCCCUGCCUGCGGCCCCCUCCCGGCAUCCCCCAGACCUCAGCCCCGGCUUCACUGGCCUCGACGCCAUGGGUGACGGAGGAGAGGGCGAGGACGAGGUCCAGUUCCUUCGCACGGACGAUGAAGUGGUCCUGCAGUGCAGCGCCACGGUACUCAAGGAGCAGCUCAAGCUCUGCCUGGCCGCGGAGGGCUUCGGCAACCGCCUCUGCUUCCUGGAGCCCACCAGCAACGCACAGAAUGUGCCCCCAGACCUGGCCAUCUGCUGCUUCAUCCUGGAGCAGUCGCUAUCAGUCCGAGCGCUGCAGGAGAUGCUGGCCAACACUGUGGAGGCUGGUGUGGAGUCAUCCCAGGGUGGGGGACACAGGACACUCUUGUACGGCCAUGCCAUCUUACUCCGACAUGCACACAGUGGCAUGUACCUGAGUUGUCUCACCACCUCCCGCUCCAUGACUGACAAGCUGGCCUUUGAUGUGGGACUGCAGGAAGAUGCAACAGGAGAAGCUUGUUGGUGGACAACACACCCAGCCUCCAAGCAGAGGUCUGAAGGGGAGAAGGUCCGAGUAGGAGAUGACCUCAUCCUUGUCAGUGUCUCAUCUGAGCGCUACCUGCACCUGUCAACCGCCAGUGGAGAGCUCCAGGUUGAUGCCUCCUUCAUGCAGACACUAUGGAACAUGAACCCCAUCUGCUCCUGCUGUGAAGAGGGAUAUGUGACAGGGGGCCAUGUCCUCCGUCUUUUUCAUGGACAUAUGGAUGAGUGUCUGACCAUUUCACCUGCUGACAGUGAUGACCAACGCAGACUUGUCUACUACGAGGGAGGAUCUGUGUGCACCCACGCUCGCUCUCUCUGGAGGCUGGAGCCAUUGAGAAUCAGCUGGAGCGGCAGCCACCUGCGCUGGGGACAGCCGCUACGCAUUCGGCAUGUCACCACCGGGCGGUACCUGGCCCUCACUGAGGACCAGGGCCUGGUGGUGGUUGAUGCCAGCAAGGCCCACACCAAGGCUACCUCCUUCUGCUUCCGUGUCUCCAAGGAGAAGCUGGAUAUGGCUCCCAAGCGGGACGUGGAGGGUAUGGGCCCUCCGGAGAUCAAAUAUGGGGAGUCCUUGUGUUUUGUGCAGCACAUGGCCUCAGGCCUAUGGCUCACCUACGCUGCCCCAGACCCCAAGGCCCUGCGGCUGGGAGUGCUCAAGAAGAAGGCCAUGCUGCACCAGGAAGGCCACAUGGAUGACGCUCUGUCACUGACCCGCUGCCAGCACGAGGAGUCCCAGGCCGCCCGCAUGAUCCACAGCACUGCAGGCCUGUACAACCAGUUCAUCAAGGGCCUGGACAGCUUCAGCGGGAAGCCGAGGGGCUCGGGGCCCCCAGCUGGCUCGGCGCUGCCCAUAGAGAGCGUCAUCCUGAGCCUGCAGGACCUCAUCGGCUACUUCGAGCCGCCCUCAGAGGAGCUGCAGCAUGAGGAGAAGCAGAGCAAGCUGCGAAGCCUGCGCAACCGCCAGAGCCUCUUCCAGGAGGAGGGGAUGCUCACCCUGGUCCUGAAUUGCAUUGACCGCCUAAAUGUCUAUACCACUGCUGCUCACUUCGCUGAAUUUGCAGGGGAGGAGGCAGCUGAGUCCUGGAAAGAGAUUGUGAACCUGCUCUAUGAACUCCUGGCCUCUCUGAUCCGUGGCAAUCGUGCCAACUGUGCCCUCUUCUCCACAAACCUGGACUGGCUGGUCAGCAAGCUGGAUCGCCUGGAGGCCUCAUCUGGCAUCUUGGAGGUGCUGUACUGUGUCCUGAUUGAGAGUCCUGAGGUCCUGAACAUCAUCCAGGAGAACCACAUCAAAUCCAUCAUCUCUCUCCUGGACAAGCAUGGGAGGAACCACAAGGUCCUGGAUGUGCUGUGCUCCCUGUGUGUAUGCAAUGGUGUGGCCGUGCGCUCCAACCAAGAUCUCAUUACUGAAAACUUGCUUCCUGGCCGCGAGCUUCUGCUGCAGACAAACCUCAUCAACUAUGUCACCAGUAUCCGCCCAAACAUCUUUGUGGGCCGAGCAGAGGGCACCACACAGUAUGGCAAAUGGUACUUUGAGGUGAUGGUGGAUGAAGUGGAUCCAUUUUUGACAGCCCAGGCCACCCACCUGCGGGUGGGCUGGGCCCUCACCGAGGGCUACAGCCCCUACCCUGGGGGCGGUGAGGGCUGGGGCGGCAACGGGGUCGGCGAUGACCUCUACUCCUACGGCUUCGAUGGGCUGCAUCUCUGGACAGGACAUGUGGCACGUCCAGUGACUUCUCCAGGACAGCACCUCCUGGCCCCUGAGGAUGUGGUCAGCUGCUGCCUGGACCUCAGCGUGCCAUCCAUCUCUUUCCGAAUCAAUGGCUGUCCUGUGCAGGGUGUCUUUGAGGCCUUCAAUCUCGAUGGGCUAUUCUUCCCUGUCGUCAGCUUCUCAGCUGGCAUCAAGGUGCGGUUUCUCCUUGGUGGCCGCCAUGGUGAAUUCAAGUUCCUCCCUCCCCCUGGCUAUGCCCCGUGCCAUGAAGCAGUGCUCCCCCGGGAACGGCUCCAUCUUGAACCCAUCAAGGAGUAUCGUCGGGAAGGGCCUCGGGGGCCCCACCUUGUGGGCCCGAGUCGCUGCCUGUCACACACGGACUUUGUGCCCUGUCCCGUGGACACUGUCCAGAUCGUCCUGCCCCCGCACCUGGAGCGCAUUCGGGAGAAGUUGGCUGAGAACAUCCAUGAGCUGUGGGCGUUGACGCGCAUCGAGCAGGGCUGGACCUAUGGCCCGGUUCGGGAUGACAACAAGAGGCUGCACCCGUGCCUCGUGGACUUCCACAGCCUCCCGGAGCCCGAGAGGAACUACAACCUGCAGAUGUCUGGGGAGACACUCAAGACUCUGCUGGCUCUGGGCUGCCACGUGGGCAUGGCGGACGAGAAGGCGGAGGACAACCUGAAGAAGACAAAGCUCCCCAAGACGUAUAUGAUGAGCAAUGGGUACAAGCCAGCUCCCCUGGAUCUGAGCCACGUGCGGCUGACGCCCGCACAGACCACGCUGGUGGACCGGCUGGCAGAGAAUGGGCACAACGUGUGGGCAAGAGACCGUGUGGGCCAGGGCUGGAGCUAUAGCGCUGUACAGGACAUCCCUGCGCGCAGAAACCCCCGCCUCGUGCCCUACCGCCUGCUGGAUGAGGCCACCAAGCGCAGCAACCGGGACAGCCUCUGCCAGGCUGUGCGUACCCUGCUGGGGUACGGCUACAACAUUGAACCGCCUGACCAGGAGCCCAGUCAAGUGGAGAACCAGUCUCGUUGGGACCGGGUGCGCAUCUUCAGGGCAGAGAAAUCCUACGCAGUGCAGAGUGGCCGCUGGUACUUUGAGUUUGAGGCAGUCACCACAGGCGAGAUGCGAGUGGGUUGGGCAAGGCCUGAACUGAGGCCUGAUGUGGAGCUGGGAGCUGAUGAUCUGGCCUAUGUCUUCAAUGGGCACCGCGGCCAGCGCUGGCAUUUGGGCAGUGAGCCAUUUGGGCGUCCCUGGCAGUCAGGUGAUGUUGUUGGCUGCAUGAUCGACCUCACCGAGAACACCAUCAUCUUCACUCUCAAUGGCGAGGUCCUCAUGUCCGACUCAGGCUCUGAGACAGCCUUCCGGGAGAUUGAGAUUGGGGAUGGCUUCCUGCCCGUCUGCAGCUUGGGACCCGGCCAGGUGGGUCACCUGAACCUGGGCCAGGAUGUGAGCUCCCUGCGCUUCUUCGCCAUCUGCGGCCUCCAGGAAGGCUUCGAGCCGUUUGCCAUCAACAUGCAGCGGCCGGUCACCACCUGGUUCAGCAAAAGCCUCCCACAGUUUGAGCCAGUGCCCUUUGACCACCCCCACUAUGAGGUGGCCCGCAUGGAUGGCACCGUGGAUACACCUCCUUGCCUACGCCUCACCCACCGCACCUGGGGCUCCCAGAACAGCCUGGUGGAGAUGCUCUUUCUACGGCUGAGCCUUCCAGUUCAGUUCCACCAGCACUUCCGUUGCACCGCAGGGGCCACCCCCCUGGCACCACCUGGCCUGCAGCCCCCUGCUGAGGACGAGGCCCGGGCAGCAGAGCCUGACCCCGACUAUGAAAACCUGCGCCGCUCAGCUGGGGGCUGGGGAGAGGCUGAAGGGGGCAAGGAAGGAACUGCCAAGGAGGGAGCCCCAGGGGGGACCCUCCAGGCUGGGGUGGAGGCCCAGCCUGCCAGGGCUGAAAAUGAGAAGGAUGCUACCACAGAGAAGAACAAGAAGAGAGGUUUCUUAUUCAAGGCCAAGAAGGCUGCCAUGAUGACCCAACCGCCAGCCACCCCUACUCUGCCCCGGCUCCCUCACGAUGUGGUGCCCACUGACGACCGUGAUGACCCUGAAAUCAUCCUCAACACAACCACAUACUAUUACUCCGUGAGGGUCUUCGCCGGUCAGGAGCCCAGCUGUGUGUGGGUGGGCUGGGUCACCCCUGACUAUCAUCAGCACGAUAUGAACUUCGAUCUCAGCAAGGUCCGGGCAGUGACGGUGACCAUGGGGGACGAACAAGGCAAUGUCCACAGCAGCCUCAAAUGCAGCAACUGCUACAUGGUAUGGGGUGGGGACUUCGUGAGCCCUGGGCAGCAGGGCAGGAUCAGCCACACGGACCUUAUCAUUGGAUGCCUGGUAGACUUGGCUACUGGCUUGAUGACCUUUACAGCCAAUGGCAAAGAGAGCAACACCUUCUUCCAGGUGGAACCCAACACAAAGCUGUUUCCUGCUGUCUUUGUCCUGCCCACCAACCAGAAUGUCAUCCAGUUUGAGUUGGGGAAGCAGAAGAACAUCAUGCCACUGUCUGCUGCUAUGUUCGUGAGUGAGCGCAAGAACCCAGCCCCGCAAUGUCCACCGCGGUUGGAGGUGCAGAUGCUGAUGCCAGUCUCCUGGAGUCGCAUGCCCAACCACUUCCUGCAGGUGGACACACGGCGCGCUGGCGAGCGGCUUGGAUGGGCUGUGCAGUGCCAGGAGCCACUGACCAUGAUGGCAUUGCACAUCCCUGAGGAGAACAGGUGCAUGGACAUCCUGGAGCUGUCUGAGCGCCUGGACCUGCAGCGCUUCCACUCGCACACCCUCUCCCUCUACCGAGCAGUGUGCGCCCUGGGCAACAACCGUGUGGCCCAUGCUCUGUGCAGCCAUGUGGACCAGGCACAGCUGCUGCACACGCUGGAGGACGCACACCUGCCGGGUCCUCUACGUGCAGGCUACUACGACCUCCUCAUCAGCAUCCACCUCGAAAGCGCCUGCCGCACCCGCCGCUCCAUGCUUUCUGAAUACAUCGUGCCCCUCACAUCCGAGACUCGCGCCAUCACACUCUUUCCACCUGGACACCACUCCGAAGAUGGUCCUCGCCACUAUGGCCUGCCUGGCGUUGGAGUCACCACCUCCUUGAGGCCCCCACACCAUUUCUCAGCUCCUUGUUUUGUGAUGGCUCUGCCAGCGGCUGGAGCAGCAGAAGCCCCGGCCCGCCUCAGCCCCGCCAUCCCUCUGGAGGCCCUGCGGGACAAGGCCCUGAGAAUGCUGGGAGAGGCUGUGCGAGAUGGUGGGCAGCACGCACGAGACCCUGUUGGGGGCUCCGUGGAGUUCCAGUUCGUGCCCGUGCUCAAGCUUGUGUCCACCUUGCUGGUAAUGGGUGUCUUUAGCGAUGAGGAUGUGAAACAAAUCUUGAAGAUGAUUGAGCCGGAAGUAUUCAAAGAAGAAGAAGAGGAAGAGGAGGAGGAGGAGGGAGAGGAGGAAGAAGAAGAUGAAGAGGAGAAAGAGGAAGAUGAGGAGGAAGAAGCACAUGAGAAAGAAGAUGAAGAAAAAGAGGAAGAGGAGGCAGCAGAGGGGGAGAAGGAAGAGUUGGAGGAGGGACUGCUGCAGAUGAAGCUUCCAGAGUCUGUGAAGUUACAGAUGUGCCACCUGUUGGAGUAUUUCUGUGACCAAGAGCUGCAGCACCGUGUGGAGUCCCUGGCAGCCUUUGCAGAGCGCUAUGUGGACAAGCUCCAGGCCAACCAGCGGGACCGCUACAGCCUCCUCAUGAAAGCCUUCACCAUGAGCGCAGCUGAGACUGCAAGACGUACCCGCGAGUUCCGCUCCCCGCCCCAGGAACAGAUCAACAUGCUAUUGCAAUUCAAAGAUGGCGCAGAUGAGGAAGAUUGUCCCCUCCCUGAAGAGAUCCGAGCGGAUCUGCAAGAUUUUCAUCAAGACCUGCUGGCCCACUGUGGAAUUCAGCUGGAAGGUGAGGAGGAGGAACCAGAAGAAGAGACCACUCUGGGCAGCCGCCUGAUGAGUCUGUUGGAGAAGGUGCGGCUGGUAAAGAAGAAGGAGGAGAAGCCAGAGGAGGAGACACCUGCAGAGGAGCCCAAGCCCCGGUCCCUGCAGGAACUGGUGUCCCAAAUGGUGGUUCGCUGGGCCCAGGAAGAUUUUGUGCAGAGCCCGGAGCUGGUUCGGGCCAUGUUUAGCCUCCUGCACCGGCAAUAUGAUGGGCUCGGUGAGCUGCUGCGUGCCCUGCCGAGGGCAUAUACCAUCUCACCAUCCUCUGUGGAUGACACCAUGAGCCUGCUCGAGUGCCUGGGCCAGAUCCGCUCACUGCUCAUUGUGCAGAUGGGCCCUCAGGAGGAGAACCUCAUGAUCCAGAGCAUCGGGAACAUCAUGAACAACAAGGUCUUCUACCAACACCCGAACCUAAUGAGGGCACUGGGCAUGCACGAGACAGUCAUGGAGGUCAUGGUGAACGUCCUUGGGGGCGGUGAAUCCAAGGAGAUCCGCUUCCCCAAGAUGGUGACAAGCUGCUGCCGCUUCCUCUGCUACUUCUGCCGGAUCAGCCGGCAGAACCAGCGCUCCAUGUUUGACCACCUGAGCUACCUGCUGGAAAACAGUGGCAUCGGCCUGGGCAUGCAGGGCUCCACGCCCCUGGAUGUGGCUGCUGCCUCUGUCAUCGACAACAAUGAGCUGGCCUUGGCGCUGCAGGAGCAGGACCUGGAGAAGGUCGUCUCCUACCUGGCAGGCUGUGGCCUCCAAAGCUGCUCCAUGCUGCUGGCCAAAGGGUACCCCGACAUUGGCUGGAACCCCUGCGGCGGUGAGCGCUACCUGGAUUUCCUGCGCUUCGCUGUCUUCGUCAAUGGCGAGAGUGUGGAGGAAAACGCCAAUGUGGUAGUGCGGCUGCUCAUCCGCAAGCCUGAGUGCUUCGGGCCGGCCCUGCGGGGUGAGGGAGGCUCAGGAUUGCUGGCUGCUAUCGAAGAGGCUAUCCGCAUCUCUGAAGACCCCGCACGGGAUGGUCCAGGUGUCCGCAGGGACCGGCGGCGUGAGCACUUUGGUGAGGAGGCCCCUGAGGAAAACCGAGUGCACUUGGGACAUGCCAUCAUGUCCUUCUAUGCGGCCUUGAUUGACCUGCUGGGACGCUGUGCUCCAGAGAUGCACCUAAUCCAAGCCGGCAAGGGUGAGGCCCUGCGGAUCCGGGCCAUCCUCCGAUCCCUUGUGCCCUUGGAUGACCUUGUGGGCAUCAUCAGCCUCCCACUGCAGAUCCCUACCCUGGGCAAAGAUGGGGCUCUGAUACAACCAAAAAUGUCAGCCUCUUUUGUGCCGGACCACAAGGCAUCCAUGGUGCUCUUCCUGGACCGUGUCUAUGGCAUCGAGAACCAGGACUUCCUGUUACACGUGCUGGAUGUAGGCUUCCUUCCUGACAUGAGGGCAGCAGCCUCGCUGGACACGGCCACUUUCAGCACCACAGAGAUGGCGCUGGCGCUAAACCGCUACCUGUGCCUGGCGGUGCUACCACUCAUCACCAAGUGUGCGCCACUCUUUGCGGGUACUGAGCACCGUGCCAUCAUGGUGGACUCCAUGCUUCACACCGUUUACCGCCUGUCCCGCGGCCGCUCGCUCACUAAGGCACAAAGAGACGUCAUCGAGGACUGCCUCAUGGCGCUGUGCAGGUACAUCCGCCCAUCCAUGCUGCAACACCUGCUGCGGCGUCUGGUGUUCGAUGUGCCCAUCCUGAAUGAGUUCGCCAAGAUGCCGCUGAAGCUCCUCACCAACCAUUAUGAGCGCUGCUGGAAGUACUACUGCCUCCCCACCGGCUGGGCCAACUUUGGCGUCACCUCGGAAGAAGAGCUACACCUCACACGCAAACUCUUCUGGGGCAUUUUUGAAUCUCUGGCACAUAAGAAAUAUGACCAGGAGCUGUACCGCAUGGCCAUGCCCUGCCUGUGUGCCAUCGCAGGGGCUCUGCCUCCCGACUAUGUGGAUGCGUCCUACUCUUCCAAGGCAGAGAAGAAGGCCACAGUGGACGCUGAAGGCAACUUUGAUCCCCGACCUGUGGAGACCCUCAACGUGAUCAUCCCAGAGAAGCUCGACUCCUUCAUUAACAAGUUUGCAGAGUACACGCAUGAGAAGUGGGCCUUUGACAAGAUCCAAAACAACUGGUCCUAUGGAGACAACAUAGAUGAGGAACUGAAGACCCACCCCAUGCUGAGGCCCUACAAGACUUUUUCAGAGAAGGACAAGGAGAUUUAUCGCUGGCCCAUCAAGGAGUCCUUGAAGGCCAUGAUUGCUUGGGAAUGGACUAUAGAGAAGGCCAGGGAGGGCGAGGAGGAAAAGACGGAGAAGAAGAAGACACGGAAGAUAUCCCAGACUGCCCAGACCUACGAUCCGAGAGAAGGCUACAACCCCCAGCCGCCUGACCUCAGCGGAGUUACCCUAUCCCGGGAGCUUCAGGCCAUGGCGGAACAACUGGCAGAAAAUUACCACAACACGUGGGGGCGGAAGAAGAAGCAAGAGCUGGAGGCCAAGGGCGGUGGGUCCCAUCCCCUGCUGGUCCCCUACGAUACGCUCACGGCCAAGGAGAAGGCACGAGAUCGGGAGAAAGCCCAAGAACUGCUCAAGUUCCUGCAGAUGAACGGCUACGCGGUCACCAGAGGCCUUAAGGACAUGGAACUGGACACCUCUUCCAUUGAGAAGCGGUUUGCCUUUGGCUUCCUGCAGCAGCUGCUGCGCUGGAUGGACAUUUCCCAGGAGUUCAUCGCCCACCUCGAGGCUGUGGUCAGCAGUGGACGUGUGGAAAAAUCCCCACAUGAACAGGAGAUUAAAUUCUUUGCUAAGAUCCUGCUUCCUUUGAUCAAUCAGUACUUCACCAACCACUGCCUCUAUUUCCUGUCCACACCAGCCAAAGUGCUGGGCAGUGGUGGCCAUGCCUCCAACAAGGAGAAGGAAAUGAUCACUAGCCUCUUCUGCAAACUUGCGGCUCUGGUCCGCCACCGAGUCUCUCUCUUUGGGACCGAUGCCCCUGCUGUGGUCAACUGUCUCCACAUCCUGGCACGCUCCCUAGAUGCCAGGACGGUGAUGAAGUCAGGCCCCGAGAUCGUGAAGGCUGGCCUCCGCUCCUUCUUUGAGAGUGCCUCAGAGGACAUCGAGAAGAUGGUGGAGAACUUGCGGCUUGGCAAGGUGUCCCAGGCACGCACGCAGGUGAAAGGCGUGGGCCAGAACCUCACCUACACCACGGUGGCCCUGCUGCCUGUCCUUACCACCCUCUUCCAGCACAUCGCCCAGCACCAGUUUGGAGACGACGUCAUCCUGGAUGACGUCCAGGUUUCUUGCUACCGAACGCUGUGCAGCAUCUACUCUCUGGGAACUACCAGGAACCCCUACGUGGAAAAGCUGCGGCCAGCCCUCGGCGAGUGCCUGGCCCGCCUGGCAGCAGCCAUGCCAGUGGCAUUCCUGGAACCACAGCUGAAUGAGUACAAUGCCUGUUCCGUCUACACCACCAAGUCUCCCCGAGAGCGGGCCAUCCUGGGGCUCCCCAACAGCGUGGAGGAGAUGUGUCCUGACAUCCCAGUCCUGGAGCGGCUCAUGGCAGACAUUGGGGGCCUGGCUGAGUCAGGGGCCCGCUACACAGAGAUGCCACACGUCAUUGAGAUCACACUGCCCAUGCUGUGCAGCUACCUGCCCCGCUGGUGGGAGCGCGGGCCCGAGGCACCCCCACCUGCCCUGCCUGCUGGCGCCCCCCCACCCUGCACAGCUGUCACCUCUGACCACCUCAACUCCUUGCUGGGGAAUAUCUUGCGAAUCAUCGUCAACAACUUGGGCAUUGACGAGGCCUCCUGGAUGAAGCGGCUUGCUGUAUUUGCCCAACCCAUCGUGAGCCGUGCCCGGCCUGAGCUCCUGCGCUCCCAUUUCAUCCCCACCAUCGGGCGGCUGCGCAAGCGGGCUGGGAAGGUGGUGGCUGAGGAGGAGCAGCUUCGUCUGGAGGCCAAAGCUGAAGCCGAGGAGGGCGAGCUCCUGGUGCGGGACGAGUUCUCUGUGCUCUGCCGGGACCUAUAUGCCCUCUACCCACUGCUUAUCCGAUACGUGGACAACAACAGGGCGCAAUGGCUGACAGAACCCAACCCCAACGCCGAGGAACUGUUCAGGAUGGUGGGCGAGAUCUUCAUCUACUGGUCCAAGUCCCACAACUUCAAGCGUGAAGAGCAGAACUUUGUGGUCCAGAAUGAGAUCAACAACAUGUCCUUUCUGACUGCUGACAGCAAGAGCAAAAUGGCCAAGGCGGGAGACGUACAGUCAGGUGGCUCGGACCAGGAACGCACCAAGAAGAAGCGCCGGGGGGACCGGUACUCUGUGCAGACAUCCCUGAUUGUUGCCACACUCAAGAAGAUGCUGCCCAUCGGUCUGAACAUGUGUGCGCCCACUGACCAGGAGCUCAUCACACUGGCCAAGGGCCGCUAUGCCCUGAAAGACACAGAUGAGGAGGUCCGGGAAUUCCUGCAAAACAACCUUAACCUUCAGGGAAAAGUCGAGGGCUCCCCGUCUCUGCGCUGGCAGAUGGCUCUAUACUGGGGCGUCCCGGGCCGCGAAGAAGACGCCGAUAACCCCGAGAAAAUUGUGCGAAGAGUCCAGGAAGUGUCUGCAGUGCUCUACCACCUGGACCAGACCGAGCACCCUUACAAGUCCAAGAAGGCUGUGUGGCACAAGCUCUUGUCCAAGCAGCGUCGGCGGGCAGUCGUGGCCUGUUUCCGCAUGACACCUCUAUACAACCUGCCCACACACCGGGCAUGUAACAUGUUUCUGGAGAGCUACAAAGCUGGCUGGCUCCUGAGUGAGGACCACAGUUUUGAGGACCGCAUGAUAGAUGACCUUUCAAAAGCUGGGGAGCAAGAUGAAGAAGAAGAGGAAGUGGAGGAGAAAAAGCCAGACCCCCUGCACCAGCUGGUCCUGCACUUUAGCCGCACUGCCCUGACUGAAAAGAGCAAACUAGAUGAAGAUUACCUGUACAUAGCAUAUGCUGACAUUAUGGCGAAGAGCUGCCACCUCGAGGAGGGCGGGGAGAAUGGUGAAGCUCAAGAAGAGGAGGUUGAGGUGUCCUUCGAGGAGAAGGAAAUGGAGAAGCAGAGGCUGCUAUACCAGCAGUCUCGGCUGCAUAACCGGGGUGCUGCUGAGAUGGUGCUCCAGAUGAUCAGCGCCUGCAAAGGAGAGACGGGCACCAUGGUGUCCUCCACUCUGAAGCUGGGCAUCUCCAUCCUCAAUGGAGGCAAUGCUGAUGUACAGCAGAAAAUGCUGGAUUAUCUGAAGGACAAGAAGGAAGUGGGUUUCUUCCAGAGCAUCCAGGCGCUGAUGCAAACAUGCAGCGUCCUGGAUCUCAAUGCCUUCGAGAGACAGAACAAGGCAGAGGGGCUGGGCAUGGUGAACGAGGAUGGCACCGUCAUCAAUCGCCAGAACGGAGAGAAGGUCAUGGCAGAUGAUGAAUUCACACAAGACCUGUUCCGAUUCCUGCAACUGCUCUGCGAGGGACACAAUAAUGAUUUCCAGAACUAUCUAAGGACACAGACAGGGAACACAACCACUAUUAACAUCAUAAUCUGCACAGUGGACUACCUCCUGCGGCUGCAGGAGUCCAUCAGCGACUUCUACUGGUACUACUCUGGCAAGGAUGUCAUUGAGGAGCAAGGCAAGAGGAACUUCUCCAAGGCCAUGUCGGUGGCUAAACAAGUGUUCAACAGCCUCACCGAGUACAUACAGGGACCCUGCACCGGAAACCAGCAGAGCCUGGCACACAGCCGCCUCUGGGACGCCGUCGUGGGAUUCCUGCAUGUGUUUGCACACAUGAUGAUGAAGCUUGCUCAGAUGGCUCCUCCCAUGCCGGGCACCCAUGAUGAACAUGUCUGGACUCGGGUCCCCUCGGAGGACUCCAGCCAGAUCGAGCUGUUGAAGGAGCUGCUGGAUCUGCAGAAGGACAUGGUGGUGAUGCUUCUGUCGUUACUAGAAGGGAACGUGGUGAACGGCAUGAUUGCCCGGCAGAUGGUGGACAUGCUCGUGGAGUCCUCCUCCAACGUGGAGAUGAUCCUCAAGUUCUUCGACAUGUUCCUGAAGCUCAAAGACAUCGUGGGCUCUGAGGCCUUCCAGGAUUACGUCACUGAUCCCCGUGGCCUCAUCUCCAAGAAGGACUUCCAAAAGGCCAUGGACAGCCAGAAGCAGUUCACUGGGCCGGAAAUCCAAUUCCUGCUUUCGUGCUCCGAAGCAGAUGAGAACGAGAUGAUCAACUGCGAGGAGUUUGCCAACCGCUUCCAGGAGCCAGCCCGUGAGAUAGGCUUCAACGUGGCGGUGUUGCUGACCAACCUGUCAGAGCAUGUGCCACACGAUCCGCGCCUGCGCAACUUCCUGGAGCUGGCCGAGAGCAUCCUUGAUUACUUCCGGCCCUACUUGGGGCGCAUAGAGAUCAUGGGCGCCUCACGCCGCAUUGAGCGCGUCUACUUCGAGAUCUCAGAGACCAACCGAGCACAGUGGGAGAUGCCCCAGGUGAAGGAGUCCAAGCGCCAGUUCAUCUUUGACGUGGUGAACGAGGGCGGCGAGGCAGAGAAGAUGGAGCUCUUCGUGAGCUUCUGCGAGGACACCAUCUUCGAGAUGCAGAUCGCCGCGCAGAUUUCGGAGCCCGAGGGCGAGCCAGAGGAGGACGAGGACGAGGGCGCAGCCGAGGCGGGCGCCGAAGCGGCAGAGGAGGGCGCCGGGGGCGCCGAGGGCGCGGCGGGCACAGUGGCAGCGGGGGCCACAGCGCGGCUGGCGGCGGCGGCGGCGCGAGCGCUGCGCGGCCUCAGUUACCGCAGCCUGCGGCGGCGCGUGCGGCGGCUGCGGAAGCUCACGGCGCGCGAGGCGGCCACCGCGGUGGCCGCGCUCCUUUGGGCGGUGCUGGCGCGCGCCGGGGCGGCGGGCGCGGGGGCGGCGGUGGGCGCGCUGCGCCUGCUCUGGGGCUCGCUCUUCGGCGGCGGCCUCGUGGACAGUGCCAAGAAAGUGACCGUGACCGAGCUGCUGGCGGGCAUGCCCGACCCCACCAGCGACGAGGUGCACGGCGAGCAGCCGACUGGGCCCGGAGGCGACGCGGACGGCGAGGGCGCUGCUGAAGGCGAGGGCGAUGCCGCAGAGGGCGCCGGUGACGAGGAGGUCGCGUCGGAUGAAGCUGGGCCAGGCCGCCCUGAGGGGGCCGUGGCAGUGGCCGACGGGAGCCCCUUCCGGCCCGAAGGGGCUGGUGGCCUUGGGGACAUGGGUGACACCACUCCAGUGGAGCCACCCACGCCCGAGGGCUCCCCAAUACUCAAGAGGAAGCUGGGGGUGGAUGGAGAGGAGGAGGAGCUGCCUCCAGAGCCCGAGCCGGAGCCUGAGCCCGAGAAAGCUGAUGCUGAAAACGGGGAGAAGGAAGAAGCCCCUGAGCCCCCACCAGAGCCCCCCAAGAAGACAGCACCUCCACCUCCUCCAAAGAAAGAAGAAGCUGGAGGUGCUGGCAUGGAAUUCUGGGGAGAGCUAGAAGUGCAGAGGGUGAAGUUCUUGAACUACCUGUCUCGAAACUUUUACACACUGCGAUUCCUGGCCCUCUUCUUGGCGUUUGCUAUCAACUUCAUCUUGCUGUUUUAUAAGGUCUCAGACUCUCCACCAGGGGAAGAUGAUAUGGAGGGCUCAGCAGCUGGGGACAUGUCAGGUGCAGGAUCUGGUGGCGGCUCAGGUUGGGGCUCAGGUGCUGGUGAGGAGGCAGAGGGCGAUGAGGAUGAGAACAUGGUGUACUACUUCCUGGAGGAGAGCACGGGCUAUAUGGAACCUGCUCUGCGGUGCCUGAGCCUGCUGCACACGCUGGUGGCCUUUCUCUGCAUCAUCGGAUACAAUUGCCUCAAGGUGCCCCUGGUGAUCUUUAAGCGGGAGAAGGAGCUGGCCCGAAAGCUGGAGUUUGAUGGCCUGUAUAUCACUGAGCAGCCUGAGGACGAUGACGUGAAGGGGCAGUGGGACCGCCUGGUGCUCAACACGCCGUCCUUCCCCAGCAACUACUGGGACAAGUUUGUCAAGCGGAAGGUCUUAGACAAACAUGGGGACAUCUACGGGCGGGAGCGGAUUGCUGAGCUGCUGGGCAUGGAUCUGGCCACACUGGAGAUCACGGCACACAAUGAGCGCAAGCCUGACCCUCCACCAGGGCUGCUGACCUGGCUCAUGUCCAUUGAUGUCAAGUACCAGAUCUGGAAGUUCGGGGUCAUCUUCACGGACAACUCUUUCCUGUACCUGGGCUGGUACAUGGUGAUGUCUCUCCUGGGACACUACAACAACUUCUUCUUCGCUGCUCACCUCCUGGACAUCGCCAUGGGAGUCAAGACGCUUCGCACCAUCCUCUCAUCUGUCACCCACAAUGGGAAGCAGCUGGUGAUGACCGUGGGCCUCCUGGCUGUGGUGGUCUACCUGUACACUGUGGUGGCCUUCAACUUCUUCCGCAAGUUCUACAACAAGAGCGAGGAUGAGGACGAGCCUGACAUGAAGUGUGACGACAUGAUGACGUGUUACCUGUUUCACAUGUACGUGGGAGUCCGAGCUGGUGGAGGCAUCGGGGAUGAGAUUGAGGACCCAGCGGGCGAUGAAUAUGAGCUCUACCGAGUGGUCUUUGACAUCACCUUCUUCUUCUUUGUCAUUGUCAUCCUGCUGGCUAUCAUCCAGGGUCUGAUUAUCGAUGCUUUUGGUGAGCUCCGAGACCAACAAGAGCAAGUGAAGGAGGAUAUGGAGACCAAGUGUUUCAUCUGCGGAAUAGGCAGCGACUAUUUUGAUUCGACACCACAUGGGUUUGAAACCCACACACUAGAGGAGCACAAUUUGGCCAAUUAUAUGUUCUUCCUAAUGUAUUUGAUAAACAAAGAUGAAACAGAACACACGGGUCAGGAGUCGUAUGUCUGGAAGAUGUACCAAGAGAGAUGUUGGGAUUUCUUCCCGGCUGGCGACUGUUUCCGAAAGCAGUAUGAGGACCAGCUAAGCUGAGACACCCCCAGCUGGCCCUCCACUCCCACCUCAAGUGCCUUAUUACCAUUGCAAGCCUCUGAGCUCCCAAGCCCCUCCCCGCCAAGGCAGCUGGGAGAGAGGCAACCUCCUACCAGAGAAAUAAAGUCUGUGCUGCACCA